AUGGCUGCUUCCGCUGGCGAAGAUGCAGAGACAAGUAUUGUCCACCAGGUCGCCUACAUUUUCAACCCGUCCGAUGAUGAGGAUGAUGAAGCCAACAAUGGCGAGAAUCGAGGUGCCACAACGUCGCCAUCGGCAUCCCGCAGUAGCAGAAAGCAUGGCCGGACCAAUGAUCGGACGCCAAAGUCCAAGAAGCGGCGAACGGCCAAGGGCAAGGCAAAGGUUGGCGGUGACGGUGAACAAGACCGCGACGGCGACGGUGAUGAGAACGCCGGCGACGACAAUGCGCUGGCUGCAUUCCCACCCCUCCUUCAGGGCCGCGAAGCGCCCGAGGCAGUGGCCCGCCGGCGACAGCUAUUUAACUCUCUGUGGGCCCAGCUCGAUGACCGGAUCCAGACUGUCUUGCAACGCUCUAAUCAAGCGACGCUAAGUGCCGUCAUGGACUUUAUUGAGAAGCCAACGCAAACAAAACUACCGGCGGCAUUUGUCAUUCUCGGCCCUGCUGCCACGACGGAUAUGCUACUUUUCCGCCAGCUGUCUGCUGCGCUCACUGAGAGCGAGAAGACCAUCAACCGCGACAGCAGCUCCAAAGGCAAGGAUCGCUGUGUCCGCCGCAUCGUCCGUCUGCGUGCGGCCGAAGCACCAAAUCUGCGUGCCGCUCUCAAGACAAUCGUGCAGGUUGCCUCCUCCGUGCCAUCUCCUGGAAACGGUGUUGACGACGGGGGUGCGGACGAAGACGACGUCGUUGCCCACAACGGUAACAAAUACCUUGCCUACGACCUCGAGGCCGUGGCGGCAGCCAUUAGUGACCCAGGAACCUCACGCAUCGUUGUCGCCUUUGAGGACAGUGAGGCAUUCGAUGGCGCGCUGCUAGCCGACCUGAUCAGUUUUCUGCACUCCUGGUUCGACCGCAUUCCUUUUGUUCUCCUGUUUGGGGUAGCCACGUCCGUCGAUCUCUUCCAGGCACGGCUACCCAAACAGGCCGCUCACCGUUUGUCCGCAGCACAGUUCGACAUUGCACCCUCGUCGGCCGUGCUUGAUCGGUUGGUCCGUUGUGCCGUUGCGGCAGCCGAUAUACCACUACGAAUUGGCCCUUCGUUGCUUCGCAGCCUUGCUGAGAGGCAAGACGAGCAAGUAACGGGCGUCUCGGUGUUUGUUAACUCGUUGAAGGAAAAGUACGCCUAUAUGUGCUAUUUUUACGCCAACCCGCUCAGCGUCUUCUUGCACGAUAUUGGAGACAGCACCGCAACAACGGCCCAGGACGCUCUUCUCCAGAACACAGACUACCUCACGGCCUUCCGCCAACUACCCUCGUUCCGGCGCCACGUCGAAGCCCUCGUGACGGAUGGUGAUAUUGAUGUGGCCAAGCAGCUACUCAGUGAUACUCCAGAUCAACAACAAUUCCUCCGGCAAGCCGUAACCGACCAAUUGCAGUACCAGCGGUGUUGGAACGAGCGGAUAGCACGUGCUGUUCAUCUCGCCGCGGCCAGCGGCGUGUUCCCUGGUCAGUCAUUUACUGAACUCUACAUCACAGCCCUCGAGGACCAGCGUGGCGCAAACCAGGAUGCAUUCACGCUUGAUGACGACGAUUCGUCAGUGGCUGCGACUAUGACAACUGCCAUCCGGCGCAUGUCGUCUUCGGAACUGGUCACUCUACUCCGGCGCCUCAUUGCUGUCGUAGAGGCUGGCGAUCCAGAGCUUGCACUUGAGGCGCCACCGGGCGACACCGCCGAGCUUGCUGGCGACGUGGAUCCGUAUCAGGCAAGCUGGGCCACGCUGCCUUCCAACCUUGCUAAGAUUGCGGGCCAGAUUGAGGAGCUUCAGAAGAAGCUCGAGGCGAGCUAUGCCAACCGGGCUCGGAGUCGGAUCAUGAGCCUCAAAGCUGCCGGUGGAGGUCCGUCCAGCCCCGGCGGUGGUGGCGGCCCGCCCCAGCUGCGCAGCAAGUACACGGCCCAAAGCAAAGUUUUGCGCACGACCGUUGUCGCACAAAAGGUCCAGCUAAGCCGUGACUCUAUGGCCUUGACCGAAGAGGACCAGACAUUCACGGAAUUGGUCGAUGCCGCCGUCGCUGCUGUUGUUGGCGUUGUCGACGUUGAGCCAGCGACGGCCAGUCGUGCGGCAGUGGCCCCAUCCUCACUAGCAACACCCUCCUCGUCGCCAGCGAGUCGUCUUUGGUUGCAGGAGGUCUGGUUAUACAACGCCCAAGCACCGUACCGCGACGUUUUUAUCCCGCGCCCCGGUCUGGUAGUAGAGCGGGCGCUUGCGCGGCCGCACGACUACCUGGCUUGCGAGUGCUGUGCUGGGACGGAACCUUCCAAAAGUACGUCGUCGAAGAAAAAUGGUGACACCGAGAGAGGUAGCAUCCGGCCUACACUUCCUGCGACCGCCAUCCUCUACCAGCUGUACCUCGAUGCUGGCCCGCUGAUCAAUGUGGCCGAUUUGUGGGAGGCUUUCCAAAAUGCCGUCUCAGAAAACGGCAACAGACUCAAAGACAAAGUUGGUAAUGAAAUUAAAAACAAAGAGGCUGCAGCAAACAAUGGCGACAAUGCAGCCGAGGGUGAGGAAGAAGCCGAAGACGACACAUUGGAGCGGCGGCACCUUGUCCAAUUUUAUCAGGGCCUCUCUGAGAUGAAGACGCUGGGCUAUAUCAAGCCCACACGACGCAAGGUCGACCAUGUCGCCAAAAUCAAGUGGCUGUAG